CCCUAGUGUAGCUGUUUCCACUUUCCACAAUCACAGCCAUUACAUUACCCGACACAACACCAACACAGGUCUCAACCCUUGCAAUCCAUGGCGACCUUAGACGAAACUAUGCAAAUCAAACCGAAGCCAGUGCCGAAACGUUUCGUCAAAAAUCAAAUCCCAGAAACUAUCCUCAACGACCCAUCUCUCAACGCCGCCAUCUCCCUCUUGCCCUCCAACUACAACUUGGAAGUCCACAAGUGUGUCUGGCGCAUCCGCUCCACCGGAGCCAAGCGUCUCGCUCUCCAGCUCCCUGAGGGCCUGCUUAUGUAUUCGCUUAUUCUCUCGGAUAUAUUCAUCGCCUUCACCGGCGUUACCCACUGUUUCAUCCUCGGCGACGUCACUUAUGGCGCCUGUUGUGUGGACGACCUCUCCGCCUUGGCGUUAGGUGCUGAUCUUCUAAUUCACUAUGGCCAUAGCUGCUUGGUCCCCAUCGAUGCUACGAAAGUUCCUUGCCUUUACGUUUUUGUUGACAUUAAAAUCGAUGUUGAGCGCCUGAUUAGCACCAUCAAACUCAAUUUGAAUGAUAAAAAAAGCAUUGUUCUCGCGGGUACUAUUCAGUUCGCAUCUGCGAUUCGAGAAGCAAAGCCUGAGUUGGAAAAGCUGGGCCUUUCGGUUUUGAUUCCUCAAUCGAAACCCUUAUCUGCCGGUGAAGUUUUGGGUUGCACGGCACCCAGGAUAUCAUCGAAAUCUGUAAUUGGUAGUUUCAGUGACAUGGUUUUGGUAUUUGUGGCGGAUGGGAGGUUCCAUUUGGAGGCGUUUAUGAUAGCUAAUCCUGAUAUUAUUGCGUUUAGGUAUGACCCAUAUCUGGGGAAGCUGUUUCUUGAGGAAUAUGAUCAUCAAGGAAUGAAGGAGACGAGGAAGAGGGCAAUAGAGAGGGCAAGGGAAGCCAAGAGUUGGGGUAUUGUGUUGGGCACAUUGGGAAGGCAAGGCAAUCCGAGGAUUUUAGAUAGGUUGGAGAAGAAGAUGAGAGAAAAACAUUUUUCUUAUACCGUUGUUUUGAUGUCAGAGAUUAGUCCUACUAGGAUUGCCUUAUUUGAGCAAUCUGUGGAUGCUUGGAUUCAGAUUGCAUGUCCUCGGCUCUCCAUUGAUUGGGGAGAGGCAUUUGAGAAGCCUCUUUUGACACCUUUUGAGGCAGAGAUUGCUGUUGGGGAUUUACCAGGUUGGUGGGAGAAGGAUAAGAGUGUAGUGGCAAACUCAGGGUGUUGCAGUGGUCUUGGAUGUGGGCACAGUAAUGGAUUGUGUUCUGGAUGUGGUAAUGAAGCUGCAAAGGAUGUGAAGGGUGUGGGUGAUUCUCUUGCUGGUGAUUAUCCCAUGGAUUACUAUGCUCAGGAUGGUGGAGCGUGGAAUUCCUCUUAUUUGAAGAAAGCGACUCGCCCUAUAAGAAGAAAUGUGGUGUCCUCGACAAGUGAUGUUGCUGCUUUGUAGCAUCACUGCCUCAUAAGGAUUGUAUUACAUUUGCUUUGUAGCAUCAUUAGCCCAUAAAGAUUUUAUUACAGUUGCAGUAGACAAAUUGAAUAUGGAAAGCUUUUUCAUGUAAUAUGAGAAGCUAUAGAGAAGAUGAGGCGAGUGUAUCUACUCCCAGGAAGCUGCUGGCAUCAAGCCACACAGAAUCAAAAGCCCAUAUCCAAUGGCGGUAAAAUUUGCAGUGUGUAAAAUAUCCCCAGCAUCUGCAUGUGGUGUUCAGCUGAUCCUAUCUCCUCUGAGUUAGCUUCAGCACAUCAUGUUUCUCAAGUUAUUCUCAGAUGGAUGCACCAGCUACAAGGUACAGCAGCAAGGUUGCUUGAAGAGGUCAUUAGUACUCAUGACUGAAUAGGGAUUGAAUUAAUGGAAGUGGUAUACAGAACAAAUUGGUCGAGGAAGAAAGUCAGCUAGAUGGAAGGGUAGAGAAGCAAGACACUGAGAAGAUGAAAGAUCAGCAGGCACUCAUUCUCCAAGAACAUAGAUGAUUAAUUUCCUAAUGACUUAAAAUCAACGUAAUUAGAUUCAUCAAUUGCAUUCUGUUUAUCAAUUGCACUCUGUUUUUAUCAAGGGGCUUGUAUUAUUAAUAAUUAUUGUCAACGGGGAAUACAAUUGAUAUAAUUCUUUUAUUUACAAUCUGAGUUAAAAUUAUUAA